AAUUUGCACCUUCACAAUUUCACUAUUCUACACGAUUUUUUUGUCACAGAAUUCUCUCAAAUAAAUAUUUUUAAGUUUUUCUCACAAAAAUAGACUUUAACAACUAAAAUAAUCAAAAUAGUAUUUUUUAUUUUGAAAAUUUUAAAUUUUUUUAAAUUUUUAAAAUUUGAAAUCCUAUCCACAAAACCCCACUCCUCAACUAUAAACUCUAAACUCUAAACUCUAAAUUUUAAACCCUAAACCUCACCCAUUAACUCUAAACCUUAAUAUUUACAUUAAUUAACUCUAGGAAUUAACUAUAUAUUUACUUCUUUUGAUAAAACAUUUAAAUCUAUUUUGGUUCUUUUUAUUUUUAAGGUUUAUAUCUGUGACAAAAUUUUUUAUUUUUUAGGUGUAUCAUAGGAAAUUUCUCUAGAUUAGAUUUUCAUUAAGUUUUUAUCGAUUCUCAAUUAUAUAUUUAUACCGAACCAAAUAAAUCAAAGCUAACCGAACCAAAACACAAUUAACCAAUGCCCAAAAAGAACAAUUGUUGAAAAGAAAAAUACACACGUGUCGAUAAACCCUAUUCAAUUCUUUCCCCUCCUCCCUACGGACACUCUCUUCGGAAAUCUUCAUCUCUCUCCCACUUCUCAUCUAAACCCUAAAACUUCGGAUUUGCUCACUCAGAACCGAAGUUCCGCUGCAAAGAAAGAUGGCGACCAAAGAAGGAGAAGGCGAGGUAAAAAAGAUCGUUACCGAAGAAGAAAAGACAUUCGCUAAGAACUUCAACAUAAUGGAUCUCGCCGACAUCCCUACCGGACUUCCUCCGCAUCUGCAACUCCAGCGAACUCGUGUCCUCUGUAAAAACGACGCUCCUAUUCAUACGGCGAGUGUCGUUUACUCGGGUGCCUAUAACGGUGUGGGAGUAGACAACAGUGUGAAACUUGAAAACUUCUCUGAGAAUUUCAAAGUUGAUGUCAUCGAAAUUUCAAAUGACGGCAUGGAAUUGACAUUUGAUAUGAUUGGUAUCGACGCAGCUUCCUACAAUGUCUUUUUUUUUGUUUUUACAAUGCAGCUUCCUACAAUGGCUUUUGAAAAAGUAUUUAUAGCAAACAACACAUCUAUUGUUCAGGAUGAAGUUCUUGCUCAGAGGAUGGGUCUUGUACCUAUUGCUGCAGAUCCUAAGCUCUUCGAGUAUUUAUCUGAAAACGACCAGCCAAAUGAAAAGAACACCAUUGUUUUCAAACUCCAUGCCAAAUGUGCAAAAGGUGAAGGACGUAAGAAAGUUUUAACAAAGGAAUUGAUCUGGUUACCAAAGGGGAGUGAGUUGGUUAAAGAAUCAGGAGAUCCGAACUCAAAGCCUAAAACUUACACUUCCGUCAGCCGUAGCCAAGAAGAGUCCUUCCCUGAAUUCACUGAUAAUCCAAUCACUCCGAGCUAUCCUGACAUAUUGAUCGCAAAACUCGGCCCUGGUCAUGAGAUUGAGCUGGAAGCUCAUGCUGUUAAGGGCAUUGGUAAAACACAUGCAAAGUGGUUGCCAGUAGCGACGGCUUGGUAUAGAAUGCUUCCUGAGGUUAUUCUACUAAGGGAAGUUGAGGAUGAGGAUACUGAACGACUCGUAGAAGCCUGCCCGGAGAAAGUUUUUGACAUUGAAGACAUGGGCAAUGGUAGGAAGAGGGCAACGGUAGCAUGGCCGCGUAACUGCACGUUGUGUAGGCAAUGCGUGAGAGAAAAUUAUGGAGAGGAAGUAAAGAUAGAAGGAAUACAACGGGAAAAAUGGAUAGAGAAUGUGGCUCUGCGACGUGUCAAGAACCAUUUCAUCUUUUUGUUAUUUGCGUUUCUUUCUGUUAAAAUUGAGUCUACUGGAUCACUGCCUCCUGAUGUUCUCUUCACUGAAGCUGUCAAGAUAUUGGAAGAUAAAUGUGAACGUGUUAUCGCUAAUCUCUCCUGAAAAGGGAUUUUGUUUGGUUUGGUCCAUUAGAGGCAUGGUUCUGGUUUAGUUUAGCUUUUGUAUCGAAAGUUUCUGAUAAUUAUUAAUACCAAGAACAUUGAAAUGUUCUGUUAUUGAAGAACAUUGAAAUGUUCUGUUAUUGCAUCGUUUCGUUCGAGUUCAAAUUGAAAUU